AUGGCGUACGCUCACGUACUCCCUGGCCAUAGCAGGUGGAACACAUUCAUCGGUCUUCAGCGCAACCAUGAGAACAGGUUUGUGUGGGACAGUGGUAGCACUUGUUCGUUCAGAAAUUGGAACGUAGGAGAGCCAAAUAAUGUUGAUGGGAAAGAACCUUAUGUUGAGCUUUAUAGCGAUGGUAGUCGCAGUAUCCAUGUUUGGAACGACUGUCCGCUUACAAAAGAAAACGCAUAUAUCUGUGAAAGAAAAAGGUGUCCUGAUUAA